ACUGAUGGAUGGCACUGACUGGCAUCACUGCUGGGCACUGACUGGUGGCAAUGACUGGCACAACCACUGGGCACUGACUGGUGGCACUGACUGGCAGCACUGCUGGGCUGCACUGGUGGGUGGCACUGGUGGGUGGCACAGGUGGGUGGCACUGCUGGGCACAGGUAGGUGGCACUUCUGGGCACAGGUGUGUGACACUGCAGAGUGGCACAGGUGGGUGCACUGCUGGGCACAGGUGGGUGCACUGCUGGGCACAGGUCGGCAGAACUUGCGGGUGGCACUGCUGGGCACCGAUCAUCAGGGCACUGAUCAUCAGUGCCCUGAUGAUCGGUGCCGAUCCUCGCUCUGACAGCUGCCGGUUCUCGGCAGUACUUUCCUCACGAUCUGACAGUGUGAGGAAAGUGCAGCCGAGAACUGGCACUUGCAU